AUGGUCCCUCCAGAAAGGGCUGAGUUUGGGGAGAUAGAUGCCUCGGAGAACUCAAUUGAUGGUAUGGGGGCUAUCAAUUUCGCAGAGGAAGAGGAUUGUGGCUUUUUUGGUCCGUCAUCCAAUAUUGCAUUCAUGCGUCAUAUCUCUCGUGCUAUUGCCAAAGGAAACCCACAGGGUGGCCAUGUUCCAUCUAUAUACUCUCCCGCACAGACCGGUGGCGGAAUGUUGAAUGUGUCAAGAUCCCGACCUUCAAUAGACGACUCUCGAGGUAAAGUACAAAUAUCCAGUGAGAAUGGGAUCAACGUUUUUGCUUUGCCCUCCGAAGAACGCACAUGGAGUUUGAUACAAAUUUAUUUCGAGAAAACCGGCCAGCUACUGCCAUUCAUCCACGAGGCAUCGUUUUGUGAGACUUAUUUCCGCAUGCGAGAAGAAAAUUUCAAUCGAGUACGUCGGACAUGGCUCGGAUUGCUCAAUAUUAUCUUGGCUAUUGCCACAAGCCUCAACACAGAGGGUGAUUUGCCUGCCGGCAGAAGAAUACAGGAGUCAGAUAUCUACUUCCAGAGGGCGAACGGGCUCUGCGAUAAGGAUUCCAAACGGAAUGCAAGUCUAGAGAUGGUGCAAUAUCUGUUGGUCCAGGGUCAAUAUCUGCAAGGAACCCAGAAAUCCGUUCAAGCGUGGACGACGCACGGUUUGGCUAUUUCGGCAGCGUUUCAACUUGGUCUACACUCACCCGAAGCCAACCGGCGUUUUUCGCCGGUGGAAAGUGAGAUUCGCAAGCGAACCUGGUUUGGUUGUAUUCUGCUGGACAGAACGUUGAGUAUGACCUUUGGUCGUCCCUGCACCAUUCCGGAAACAUAUGUGAAGCUGGAAAUGCCCGUCAAAGAUAUGCAGGUUCUUACCAGCACACCAAAGUCCGAAGCAUAUCCUCAGUUGGAUGUGCCUCAAAUUCUUGACGGCGAGCGUCAACUCCAAGAAUGGCGUUUUUCAAUUGUGCCCUCUCUUGGUAUCCGCCUCUGGCAUGAACCUUUACUUGCCGACGACUUAGCACACCUGGAUCCAGAAUCCACGAUUCGUCAUCGAUUUGGUAUCGUUCUCUCGGUUCGGUAUCACAAUCUACGCAUUCUUCUCUAUCGAAAGUUCCUAGAGUGCUUUCUGGAUGCAUACAGCGCCGAUGAUUCAGCUUCACAGGAAAAUAACCUCGUCCAGCAGAUGGGUUUUACAGGCGUCCAGAAUUGCCUUGAGUCUGCCAAAUCAAUAAUUUCCACUGUCCAUACCAUAACCUCAUCAGGAGGCUGGCGUCGUGGCCUUCUUGGGGCCUGGAACUACUCGCUUUACUAUACCUUCAACGCCGGACUCGUCAUCUUCGGGGCCCUUUUCAUCUCAUCCAAAGAAAGUCAGCACAACCCAGAACAAUGGCGCAUCAUUGAGAGUUCCCGACCAUACCUUGAUCUCGCAGCAGAUGCUUUGAGGCAUUUGGAUUCGGGUAAUAGAGUUAUCGAGCGAUGUGUCGAAUAUUUGACUCAAUUGUCCAUGGUUCUCAAAGCUACCACUUCAGGUGAACAGACCAUUCCUCGUAUCCCUGCCGGCCCUCACCUGCCACUGCCCGUUCCAGAUAUGAUUCCUCCGCACAAUGCAGACUACCCGAUGUGGUCCAAUGUAGACCUUGGUGAAUUUAUGAUGGACAAUGAUCUUGAUUUCCUGGGCCGAAUGUUCAAUUUCAAUCAUUCUCAUGACGCCCCAAUUUAG